AUGGCUCCGCGGACCGACGGCAACGGCUCCCUGGCCUCGUGGCCGGAUGCCCCUACCCUGGCGCCCCACGCCGCCAACGCGAGUGGUGGGGCGCUGUCCGGGGCGCCGUGGGCAGCUGCGCUGGCGGGGGCGCUGCUGGCGCUGGCGGUGCUGGUCACCGUGGGAGGCAACCUGCUGGUCAUCGUGGCCAUCGCGCGGACGCCGCGGCUGCAGACCAUGACCAACGUGUUCGUGACUUCCCUGGCGGCCGCCGACCUGGUGGUGGGGCUGCUGGUGGUGCCGCCGGGGGCCGUCCUGGCGCUGACGGACCACUGGCCCCUGGGCGCCACGGGCUGCGAGCUGUGGACCUCGGUGGACGUGCUGUGCGUGACGGCCAGCAUCGAGACGCUGUGCGCCCUGGCGGUGGACCGCUACCUGGCCGUGACCAACCCGCUGCGCUACGGCGCGCUCGUCACCAAGCGCCGCGCGCGCGCCGCCGUGGCCCUGGUGUGGGCCGUGUCCGCCGCCGUGUCCUUCGCGCCCAUCAUGAGCAAGUGGUGGCGCGUGGGGACCGACGCCGAGGCGCAGCGCUGCCACUCCAACCCGCGCUGCUGCGCCUUCGCCGCCAACGUCACCUACACGCUGCUCUCCUCCUCCGUGUCCUUCUACCUGCCGCUGCUCAUCAUGCUCUUCGUCUACGCGCGGGUGUUCGUCGUGGCGACGCGCCAGCUGCGCUUGCUGCGCCGGGAGCUGGGACGCUUCCCGCCCGAGGAGUCCCCGUCGGUGGCGGCCUCGCGCCCCCGGUCCCCAGCGCAGGCGGGGCCCUCCGACAGCCGCCGGCCCGCGCGCCUCCUGCCCCUCACGGAGCACCGGGCCCUGCGCACCCUGGGGAUCAUCAUGGGCACCUUCACGCUCUGCUGGCUGCCCUUCUUCGUGGCUAACGUGGUGCGCGCCCUCGGGGGCCCCUCGCUGGUCCCCGAUCAGGCUUUCCUGGCCCUGAACUGGCUGGGCUACGCCAACUCUGCCUUCAACCCGCUCAUCUACUGCCGCAGCCCCGACUUUCGCUGCGUCUUCCGCCGCCUGCUGCACCGCUGCCCGCGGGAGGAGCGCCACCGCCGCGCGGCCGCCGGCUGCCCUGCCUGGACCCCGGCGGCCCCGGCCCGCCCCUCCGAGCCCGGGCAGUGCCCCCCGCGAGGCGAGGCUUCCUGGGGAAUUUCUUAG